AUGAAAUAUUUGAGUUUGCCCUUGUUUUUAUCAAACAUAGUACUAACAAAGUAUUCAACUACUGCACAGACCUUCGAUAAAUUCCUGUACCUAAAUCCAUGGAAAACAAUUCAAAGUAAAGUCCCAACAAUAAUUGACUUGGACGAAGCGGGGACUUUAAAGAGUAAACGUAUAAAUAUUCACCAAAUAGUCAACUUGACCGAGUCGAAAAAUUUACACUUGGUUAAAAGCGGUUUCUACAAUGCAAGCAAUAGUUUUAAUGAAGGUCGCGGGAUCGGUUCGACGUUAUGGGGCUGGAUAACAUAUCCCUUUACAUGGUGGAGUUAUGGUGAUGAUAUUCCCGACAAUGAUAGCGCAAUCGUACCCCCACCAAACGGGCCAGUAGAAAGCAUAGAAAUCGGAAAACGAAAUGUUACCGUGUGGUGCAACGACCAAACAUGCACAACAAUGCGUUGUGACAUAUUCGGUUGCACAAAUAUAACGUGUAAUAUUUACGAUACAGAUCUUAACGGUGAAUGUAGGAUUUAUAAUACUAAUCACAUCGAUGAGACAGUGCCUAAACCAGUAGAGACGCCAGGAAAGCCUGUAUCUGUAGUCAAACCCGAAGAACAAAAACCGGAAUCGGAAUCGAAACCGCAGGAACAAGAGUCGAAACCAGUCGCAGACAUACCUAAACCGAUGGAGCCUUUGGAACCACAAUCGAAACCGCAACCAGAGGAAGGGAAAACCGAAGAUAAGGAGAACCCCCCACAAAACCCGCAGUCGAUCGACGCUCAAGCAAACGAAGACAAGCCAAUAGAGCUGGAAAAGAUGCUAUCAGCUACGGUGGGAGAGGAUAAGAAUAAAGACCCGGCAAUUAAAAAUAAAUAA